AUGACACGAGGGGUGCUAUCAACUGAUACACCACGAGGACGUGGUUUGUGUCGCCCGCUGUUUAAACCACGCCUUUCGGGUAAUCGUUAUGUGUAGAAUAUUGUUUAAAUUGAACGGAACUUUUAGUUUAGUUCAAUUUACUUGGAUUUUCUCAAAAAGCUCUGCAAGACACCUUUGGAGAUAGAAGAAAUCUUUGCGGCAUUCUUCUCCCAAAGAACUCAGAAUGCGCUUGGAGACAGGCCUGAGGGCGAUGGUAGCUGUGUGCAUUCUUUUUCACGGCUCACAUGCCCUGAUUAUUGGCAACACAGAUAAUAAAGCUGAGGAUGUAGACAUUUGUGCAACACGAACACCAGAAAGUACUGGUGCCUUUAAAAAUAAAUUUGGACAGUUGCCAGGGCCGCCAGGACAGACGUGUACAAGCGAUCUAUGUCAUGAGGAGAACACCGACAACUACAAUCUGCAUAUGGAACUGAAAAAAAGCAACCAGCAUCUUAUUGAAGGGGAUAUUCUCUGUCAAGACACCAAAAUAUUGCCGGGUCAAAGAGUGGUAACUAAAAAAACAAAACUCUGGAAGCCUAAAAUUAAAUAUAAAAUUGAAGACACCUUUGACAAUCAACAGAAAAAAGCCAUCAGAGGUGCGUUAAAGGAUGUUGAAACAAGGGUACAACAGGAUACCGACUCGUGUGCAUUUUCUUUAACGGAAGAAGAACAUAUUACGGACGACCAGCAUAUCCUCUUCAAGAAAGGAUCAGGGUGA